CGGUCUGUGCUUGUGUCUGUUGUCCGGUCCUGUCGGUGGACCAGCACCGGAACUUCCCUGUGUCCGACCCGGAGCUCCGGCACCGACCCGCGGGACUUUUCCUCCGGGACAACCGCGUCCAUCCGGCGGGUGAACGUGGAACCGGCCACCGGAUCGAACCCGGUUCCUUGACCCGCCCCGAGGCAGCUGAAGUCCGGCCACAGCCGCCGGACCCGCCGCUGACUUAGCUCCGCUGCUAACAGCCCCACCGGGAUCAAGGAGCAGCUUCAUGGAGCCCAGCCCGCCUGAGGAGGCUUGACCCCGGGGAGAGCUCGGCCUGACAGCUGCAGGAGCUCCGGGGGGAGGAGGACCAGGAGGAGGACCAGGAGGAGCACCAGGAGGAGCUCCAUGGAGGAGGACCAGGAGGUGCCCCUCGUCAGCAUGGACUACCUGCUGGAGCAGGCGAUGCACAAGGACCUGGGCAGGAGGCUCCAGGUGGGGCCGGAGCUCCUGGAGAUCAUCCUGGACCCGGAGCGCUGUCCCGAGCUGGAGCAGGACCAGAGCUCCCUGGACCGGAUGGUGGACUCCGUGGCCAGCUCCUGGGUCAACUCCAGCAACUUCAAGGUGGUUUUGUUGGGGAUGGACAUUCUGUCGGCUCUCGUCUCUCGACUGCAGGAGAGAUUCAGGACUCAAGUAGGAACUGUUCUUCCGAGUCUCAUCGACCGACUCGGAGACUCCAAGGACCAAGUUCGAGACCAGGACCAGGCGCUGCUGCUGAAGAUCAUGGACCAGGCCGCCAACCCUCAGUACGUGUGGGAGCGGAUGAUCGGCGGCUUCAAACACAAGAACAACAGGACCAGAGAAGGACUUUGUCUGUGUCUCAACUCAACACUAAGCGUGUUUGGAUCUCAGAGUCUGACGCUGAGUAAAAUAGUUCCUCACAUCUGUAACCUCCUCGGAGAUCCGACCAGUCAGGUGCGUGACGGCGCCAUGAGCUGCCUCAUCGAGAUCUACCGCCACGUGGGCGAGCGAGUGAGGAUGGACCUGGGAAAGAAAGGUCUGCCUCAGUCAAGGCUCAACGUCAUCUUCAGCAAGUUUGAUGAAGUCCAGAGGUCGGGGAGCAUGGUCCUGUCGCCUGUGUCGGACAAGAACUUUGAGGAAGAUGACUCGGUGGACGCCGGCCGCUCCUCUUCCUCGUCCAAAGCAGCGUCUCAGUCCGGGAAGAAGACGGUGAGCAUGGGGUCGUUCCGACGCCCGCCCUCCGCCGCCAGCGCCAAGUCUGCAGGACGGGACGCUGCAGCCGGAGCCGUGGACGAGGACUACAUCAUCCAGGCCUUCGAGGACGUUCCCACGGUGCAGAUCUACUCCAACCGGGAGGUGGAGGACGCCAUGACCAAGAUUCGAGACGUGCUGUCGGACGACAAGAAGGACUGGGAGCUCCGCGUGGCGGCGCUGAAGAAGGUGCGCUCGCUGCUCCUCGCCGGCGCUCCGGAGUUCGACGGCUUCCUGCAGCAGCUGCGACUCACCGAGGCGGCGUUCAAGCUGUCGGCCAAAGACCUGCGCUCCCAGGUGGUGAGGGAGGCCUGCAUCACUCUGGGGCACCUGUCGCUGGUGCUCGGCAGCCGCUUCGACCACGCCGCCGAGGCCGUGAUGCCCAUCCUCCUCAACCUGCUGCCCAACAGCGCCAAGAUCAUGGCCACCUCGGGCAUCGCCGCCAUCCGCCUCAUCCUCAGGCACACUCAUUAUCCACGACUCAUCCCCAUCAUCACCAGCAACUGUCUCUCCAAAUCUGUGGCGGUGCGAAGACGCUGCUUCGAGUUCCUGGACCUGCUGCUGCAGGAGUGGCACAGCAGCUCCCUGGAGAGACAUGGAUCCGUUCUGAUGGAGACUCUGAAGAAAGGAAUCCACGACGCCGACGCCGAGGCUCGGGCCGGGGCCAGGAAAUGUUACUGGUCGUUCCACGGUCACUUCAGCCGGGAGGCGGAGCAGCUGUUCCAGGGCCUGGAGUCGUCCUAUCAGAAAGCUCUGCAGAGUCACCUGAGGAGCGGAGAAGGUCCCAUGUCCCAGCCCGCCUCCGACCGCUCCUCCUCCUCCUCGCAGGAGAGCCUCACUCGCCCCCUGCCUGUGAAGAGCAGCACUGGAAGCAGCACCAACAGAUCCAAACCGUCCCACGCCUCCAGGACGCCGGCUUCACUGCAGCGCUCUCGCAGCGACGUGGACGUGAACGCCGCCGCCAGCGCCACGGCUCGCACCCGGAUGACCACGGUGCCGGCGCCCUCCUCCUCCUCGCCCUUCAGCUCGGCCUCGGCCCUCCCCCCCGGCUCCUACGCCUCCCUGGGUCGAGUUCGAACCCGCAGGACGAGUUCAGGAAACGGUCCGUCCGUGACAGACAGCCGGGGGCGGAGCCGAGGGAAGGUCGUCUCACAGUCCCAGCCCGGCAGCCGCUCCGGUUCCCCGGGUCGGGUCCUGAGCUCCGGCUACGGGAGAGUCCCGAGGCCGGCGAUGGGCUCGGGCGCCGCCAGCAGCGCCGCAGGCAGUCUGACCGACAAGGGUCGGCCCCGAGGUCACCGCAGCCAGGGCUGCAGCCGGGAGACCAGCCCCACCAGAGCAGGCCUGGACCGACUGGCCCAUCAGGCUCGGAUCUCCGCCUCGGUGGACGCCAUGAGGAUCCUCAACACCGGCACCGAGGUGGAGGCGGCGGUCGCAGACGCGCUGCUGUUAGGCGACUCCAGGAGUAAGCGGCGGCCCGUGCGGCGGCGCUUCGAGUCGCCGGGCAUCUACUCGGACGACGACGCCAACAGCGACGCCUCCAGCGCCUGCUCGGAGCGCUCGUACAGCUCGCGGAACGGCGGCGUGGGGCCGCACUACCUGCGCCAGACGGAGGACGUGGCGGAGGUGCUGAACCACUGCGCCAGCGCCAACUGGUCGGAGAGGAAGGAGGGGCUUCUGGGUCUGCAGAACCUCCUGAAGAGCCAGAGGAUGCUCAGCCGCGUGGAGCUGAAGAGACUCUGUGAGAUCUUCACCAGGAUGUUUGCAGACCCCCACAGUAAGGUCUUCAGCAUGUUCCUGGAGACGCUGGUGGACUUCAUCCUGCUGCACCGGGACGACCUGCAGGACUGGCUCUUCGUGCUGCUCACCCAGCUGCUGAAGAAGAUGGGCGCCGACCUCCUGGGCUCCGUCCAGGCCAAAGUCCAGAAGGCUCUGGACGUCACCAGAGAGUCGUUUCCCUACGAGCAGCAGUUCAACAUCCUGAUGCGUUUCAUCGUGGAUCAGACGCAGACGCCCAACCUGAAGGUGAAGGUCGCCAUCCUGCGCUACAUCGAGGCUCUGGCUCGCCAGAUGGACCCGUCCGACUUCGUGAACUCCAGCGAGACGCGCCUGGCCGUCUCACGCGUCAUCACCUGGACCACCGAGCCCAAGAGCUCCGAGCUCCGCAAGGCGGCCCAGGUUGUGUUGAUCGCUCUGUUUGAGUUGAACACUCCUGAGUUCACGAUGCUUCUCGGAGCUUUGCCCAAAACCUUCCAGGACGGGACGACCAGGCUGCUGCACAACCACCUGAGGAACGCCAGCGCCCACAGCGGCGUCGUCAUGGCGUCUCCCAGUAACUCGAUGGGUCGGCCUCCUGCUCGUCAGCCCGGCAGCCGCAGCACCGGGACCCCCCCCACCAGCCAGGGAGGCCUGUCGCCCAGCAUGCUGGAGUACGACAGCGAGAACCUGAACUCGGAGGAGAUCUACAGUUCCCUGCGCGGCGUCACCGAGGCCAUUCAGAACUUCAGCUUCCGCAGCCAGGAGGACCUGAUGGAGCCGCUGCGCCGCGACGGCAAGCGGGACGGCGUCGGCGCGUCCCCGGACUCCGACCCCCGGCUCGGUGGCGACCCGGUGGAGGGCGGACGCACGGCGCUGGACAACAAGACGUCCGUGCUGAACACGCCGUCGCCCCGAUCCUUCGCCGGCCCGCGUUUCCGUGACUACAACCCGUACAACUACACGGACGGCAUCAGCACGCUGGACAAGGCCGCCCUGAAGGAGGCGCUGUACGAGGACGCCGUGGAGCAGCUGAGAGACGGACGUCGACAAGAAUCUGCGGAAAACAAGAUCCAGAACCCGAAGACCUUCCCCGCGAGCCCGGCCGAGCAGCUGGAGCUGGUGGGGGGGCUGCUGAAGGAGCUGUCCCAGGGCCAGGCGGGGGAGCGCGGCCCCGAGGAGCGGCGCCACACGCUGCUGGAGCUGCUGAAGGUGGCGAGGGAGGACAGCGUGGUCGUGUGGGACGAGCACUUCAAGACCAUGCUGCUGCUGCUGCUGGAGACGCUCGGGGACAAAGACCACACCAUCCGGGCCCUGGCGCUCCGGGUCCUGAAGGAGAUCCUGAGGAACCAGGCGCCGCGCUUCAAGAACUACGCCGAGCUCACCGUCAUGAAGACGCUGGAGGCGCACAAGGACUCGCACAAGGAGGUGGUGCGGGCGGCGGAGGAGGCGGCGUCCACGCUGGCGGGCUCCAUCCACCCGGAGCAGUGCAUCAAGGUCCUGUGUCCCAUCGUGCAGACGGCGGAUUAUCCCAUCAACCUCGCCGCCAUCAAGAUGCAGACCAGAGCCAUCGAGCGCAUCACCAAGGAGCCGCUGCACCAGCUGCUGCCGGACAUCAUCCCGGGACUCCUGCAGGGCUACGACAACACGGAGAGCAGCGUGAGGAAGGCCAGCGUCUUCUGCCUGGUGGCCGUCUACUCCGUGAUCGGAGAGGAGCUGAAGCCGUACCUGGCUCAGCUGACCGGCAGCAAGAUGAAGCUCCUGAACCUCUACAUCAAACGAGCUCAGACGACCACGAGCAACAGCAGCAGCUCCUCCGACAUCUCGUCCUACUGAUGCUCCAGCAGCUGAUCCCACUUCCUGCUCCUCCACCAGCUGAUCCCACUUCCUGCUGAUCCCACUUCCUGCUCCUCCACCACCUGAUCCCACUUCCUGCUCCUCCAUCAGCUGAUCCCACUUCCUGCUCCUCCACCAGCUGAUCCCACUUCCUGCUCCUCUACCAGCUGAUCCCACUUCCUGCUCCUCUACCAGCUGAUCCCACUUCCUGCUCCUCCACCAGCUGAUCCCACUUCCUGUUCCUCCAGCAGCUGAUCCCACUUCCUGCUCCUCCAGCAGCUUCUCACCAGGACCAGGAACCUGAACCUCCUCUUCUCCAUCAGCUGCUGAUCCCACUUCCUGCUCCUCCAGCAGCUGAUCCCACUUCCUGCUCCUCCAGCAGCUGAUCCCACUUCCUGCUCCUCCAGCAGCUUCUCACCAGGACCAGGAACCUGAACCUCCUCCUCUUCUCCAUCAGCUGCUGAUCCCACUUCCUGCUCCUCCAGCAGCUUCUCACCAGGACCAGGAACCUGAACCUCCUCCUCUCUCCAGCUGCUGAUCCCACUUCCUGCUCCUCCACCAGAUGAUCCCACUUCCUGCUCCUCCAGCAGCUGAUCCCACUUCCUGCUCCUCCAGCAGCUUCUCACCAGGACCAGGAACCUGAACCUCCUCUUCUCCAUCAGCUGCUGAUAGAAGCCGAGGUCGUCACGGCUCCGGUUUCUGAAACGUCUUCCCACGGGUCUGAUUCCUUCUCAGAAGGUUGAUGAUGAUCACGUCUCUGAAGGAACCUCCACGCCAGCGUUAGUCCUGAGCCUUAAGACUCUUCAUCCUCACGUCACAGUGACUCUAUAAACCCUGUUUCCCUCCGUUGAGUUACAAGAGGAGGAAGAAGAGAAAGAAUCAGUAUUUUUAUUCCUUUCACAACCUUUUAAUCCAUUUCUUUGCUUUGACACAUCAAACCUUAUAAUCAUAUAUUGAAUGUAAAGAGCUUGGAAUGAGUCUGUGUGUCUCGUUCUCGCCGCUGGAUCAAACCCGGAGCAAUUUUUUACGAUGAAUUUGUGAAGAAAGUGGCACAAAGGUCUUUAAAAGGCAGAAAUCAAGGGUCCAUCUGAAGAUUAAUGAAGAGCUUGUGUUUUGAAUUGUGGCCGACUGAGAUGUGAGACCCACGUCUGUAUGAACGGAUCAUUUGGCGGGCCAAUGAUUCAAGCACUUCAGAGAUUUGAAAAGAAUAAUCACGUUUUAUUAAUUUGGGCCAAAAACCAGCAGAAAUAUCAGUGUUAUUAGUUUUUAGUCUAGGAACGAAACUUGUGAAGGAAAGAACAACGUUAUUACGUCUGUGGAAACUUAUCGGCUUUUACUUUAUAUUUAGAAUAAUCAACGAUUGAUGAGUGAUUCUGUAAAAUUCAUGAAAAACAAGACGACCAAAUCAAACUCAAUUGAUUUAAUUAGAUUAAUAUAUUUUUUAGAAAGUUAAAGUGAUAAAUGAACCUAAGAAGUGAAGUGACUCUGAAUCUAAAUAUCAACUGGGACUUUAUUGUUUAAUUUAAUUAGUCUGCUGUCGAGUGGAGACUUCUGUCGUCAGAGUUUCAUUCCAAAAUACUUUAAUAUAUAUAAUUUAUAUGUUGUUCUGGAGUCUCAUCAGCAUUGAGAUGAAUGAACCUGUUGUUGUUUGACCUCAAACAGACGAGUUGUUUCCUCCUGAACCGAAUGUUCGGUCACUUUACGACUUUGACCUCUGAAAUGUGAAAAACCUGAAUCUGACAGAACGAAGUUGAUCUGAAUAUUGAGACUGAACGAAAGAGAAGAAGAAGAAAAACGAUUAUCGAGCAAUAAACUAAGAACUCCGGCUCAGAUCUCAACGUUGUCAGCUGAUGUUGUUUCUGUCGCUGGUCAAUGUCCACAAGUGUCAUUACUUCUUUUUAAAGUGUCACGUGUGAUGAAAUCCGAUGUUACUGCUGCUUCUGAAAACACUAAUGAACCUGUGCAUAAAGGUCAAAGGUCACAGGGACCAACUCACCAGCUGACAAACACUCACACGUUCCUUUUUCCUGCCGAGAAUCAGGUGACUCUCUGGAGCUCCAGCUGCAGACAGAUGUUUCAUCCACAUCCGUUAGCUCCUCUGUUUGAUUCCAAAUCUAUUUUCUAUUUGUUGCUUUACCUUGUAGCAGCUGUUUGAAAGUUCUGUUGAAAUUAGUUUGUGCCCUCGUGGUAUCAAAUCAUUCCCUUAGCUCCACUCUGGUCCAGAUGUUUCCAGUGGUGCAGCUUCUGGUGUGGGAUCAACAUCUGGUCUGGUUCUCGGCCAGAAAGCGAAUAAUAAUAAUAAUAAGACAGUGAGUGGGAGGUGACGGAAGCUGUGACUGGAUAUUUCCAGAGUCUCUGAAUCUCUUCCAACAUGUUAACACUAUUUUUCUUUGUAUCACGACGGUUGAACGUAGGGUUAACCCGAACCCUGACCCUAACCCUGACCCUGACCCUGACCCGAACCCGAGGUCGCUGCUCCGCCCGGAGACGUCCACUCACAAACACUUUCCUUUACUCUGGUUUGUACAGAGAAGUCAAACUAAAGGUGUAAAGUGCGACUGCAUGCGUCCGCCACAGGAAGCGAUGGAUGUUUCCUCCUGUGCUUCGGUCCCAGAUUCUCCUGAAUGUGGCCUUUGGCUCGAGAUUCUGGAAAUAUACCGGUUUGUUUUCCCUGUUCAAUGCUAACCUGAACUAACCUGAACUAACCUGAACUAACCUACACUAACCAGAUUUAACCUACACUAACCUGAACUCACUGCUUCUCACUAGGUGUCACUGAGGCCACGGAGCAGCGCUGUAAAUACGCCGACAUGUUUUCCAUGGAAACCACUCACCCUGCAUGUUAUUAGUUUAAUUUCCUCUAUAAGAUAUUUAUAUAUUCAGUUUAUUCUCCUGUGUAUGAAUGUACAUAUUUACAUGUUGGGUUCUCUCUCCUGUGACUUUGCAGAACUUGAAAUAAACAAAUGUCAGACUUC